UGAAACCAAUGCAGUCCUGCCCGGGACUGGAGAGCCAAUCGCAAGAGCAGAGGGCGGGGCGUCGGCGCCAGCAGAUAAUUGCUAAGUGCAUCGCUAGCACAGUUGGUCGGAGCUGCUGAAAGGUCUGGUCGCAGAAACAGGAACGCGUAAUCCUCAGCGUGCUCCAUCCCGGCAGCAUCCUUCCACGGCUCGGCAGGGCAGCGAGCCUCCGGGCACCAGCCCCUCUGCUCCGCGGAAAAGCCUGAUGAAGUCCUCCGAUAUCGAUCAGGAUUUAUUUACUGACAGUUACUGCAAGGUGUGCAGUGCACAACUGAUAUCCGAAUCUCAGCGCGUGGCCCAUUACGAGAGUCGAAAACAUGCAAGCAAAGUCCGACUGUAUUACAUGCUUCACCCCAGGGAUGGUGGGUGUCCUGCCAAGAGGCUCCGGUCAGAAAAUGGCAGUGAUGCCGACAUGGUCGACAAGAACAAGUGCUGCACGCUCUGUAACAUGUCCUUUACCUCGGCGGUGGUGGCCGACUCCCACUAUCAAGGCAAAAUCCAUGCCAAAAGGUUAAAACUGUUGCUAGGAGAGAAAACUCCACUGAAGGCCACAGCAACGCCCCUGAGCUCACUUAAGCCUCCGAGGGUGGACACUGCUCCGGUGGUUGCGUCUCCCUACCAGAGAAGAGACUCAGACAGAUACUGUGGGCUCUGCGCAGCCUGGUUUAAUAAUCCUCUGAUGGCCCAGCAACAUUACGAUGGCAAGAAACACAAAAAGAAUGCGGCAAGAGUGGCUUUGUUAGAACAACUUGGGACAACUCUGGAUAUGGGGGAACUAAGAGGUCUGAGGCGCAACUACAGAUGUACCAUCUGCAGUGUCUCUCUAAACUCAAUAGAACAGUAUCAUGCCCACCUGAAAGGAUCUAAACAUCAGACCAACCUGAAGAAUAAGUAGUGAAAACAUCAAUCAAGAAAUGAGAAAAAUAUCAGGAUUUCUCUGCCGUGGAGAAUUGCUUAUCAACCACCAGAGGAUUCUUUCUUGAACAAUGAACAUUUCUUACGAGGAUUCACAAAUUAACAUAUGACUAAUCUUAGUUUUGGGGAGUAAAUGAGCUUUCUUUUUUUUUUAAUUUUGUGGUAAGUUGUGAUGUGUGGAUGGAUUUUUAAAUUCUUUCCUGAUAAUAUAUUCAGCUCAUGUUAAAUUAUAACCCUAUAGAAAACAGUGGGAGCAUCGUUUAAACUUAAAGACAGUGGAAAAAUCUUUAUCUCCAGCUUAUUCUAGACUCCUUUAACAUAUAAAAUUAUUCUAUUAAAUCCUUGAUGAUUGAGAUGUAAACCACCUCUAUCAAGAAACAAACAUUAUUUUUUCAUCAUGUUGAACAUGACUAUGGCAACAUGCACUGAACCAGAAAAAAUCACUAUUAGUAGAAGAUAAAUAAUGAAUGCAAAUCCUGGUCCUUCUCGUUUCGCCUUCAAAAGUGUGAGCCAGCUUUGCCAUCUGAACACCGAGGAGGAAGCUGGUAAAUAAAGGAAGAAUCCCCAUCUCUGUUUUCUGAUCAUUCAAAGAACAGUUUCUCAAGGUUAAGCCAAGUCCUCUUUGCAAGCUGCCAAAAUAAUAGCUUAGGAAAAGAAUUAGUUUGCCUGCAUGAUGAUCCUCUUAGGCAAAAAAGUCUUCACAGCAGUUGACCUUGAUGAAAUAUUUUCCCAAAGGCAUCCAAAAGAAGAAUUAUAAAUCCCGGAAUGAGAGAGAAGUAAAUGAAUAUUUCUUAUGAAGUUGGCCUGACUUGUGGGCUUUAAUGUGGGGUACUGACGAUGUGGAAAAAAAGUAAAUUCUGAAGAAUGACAGCCUGGGGUAUGAUGAGGUCCCCUAUUCCUCUGUUUCUCACUGAUGCCCUCUUUCUGAGCCAAGAUUCAAUCACUUUGGAAAAAGCACCAGUGGCCAAUAUGGCUAACUGGAACACUUACUGUCUGAUGGGGAAUAUCUCUAAGAAUAAAUCAUAAAGCUCUUUCUCUAGGUUUAAUUCUUCUCCAUCAGGGCUGGAUGUGGUGUCCUGCAGGCUGGCUGGAAAGCCGGGCAUUUAGUUUCUAUUCAUGAUGUUUCUCAGUGCUCUCUGGCUGGGGUUACCCUUUGUUCAUUGUGACUACAGGCAACUGAUCUCCAGAUGUCAGCGUUUCUGGUCACCUGUUGUUUUUCUACAGAGAGCUGAGGUGGUUACAUCUCAGUGAGCAAUAAAUGAAAUGACUUAGAAAUGCACAGCAUUGUUAUUCAGGUAUCUGAAAUUUGGCACCAUCCCUGGAGGCAGGCCCACUCAGGAGGGACCAGGGUGGCCAGUUUCCAUGCCUGCAGAAAGCAGCAGCCACACCAGCCGCAGCCGUCCUGUUGGAAAGAAGGAAGGUUUUGAUGGGAAGCAACCUAUCUUGCUGUUUUGGAAAGCACACAAAAAAGAGCUACCAACCUUCAAUGACGACUUUAGUUCAAAUGUGUAAAAUAUGGCUUUAUUUGUCAAUCCUGCUGUAAAAUAAGCACUGUCCAUGUUUUAAAAAAAGUCUUUGUUUUCCUUUGUGUUUAGCGUGUGAGCUCAUGCCCUCAGGUGUUUUCGUUUUUGUGUUUUUAAUAAUCUAAUAUAGUGUAGACGAGCCUAUGAACAUAGAUCUCUUUUCCUUUACAGAGAGGCUCUGCCAACAUUUAUAGAUAAGCUUCCAGAUAUAAUAAUCUGAUUAUUUCAGAAUUCUUCAUUGAAGCGCCAUCGCUUGCUGGCAAGCUGUCGAGUGAAAGUGAAUACCCUGCCAGACACUUUGUUUUCAAAUCUCUUUACAUAUUUUGCCCAUGCAAAUAAGGGAAAUUAUCAUUCCAGGGAACCAUGGAGGUGAUAUGUUCAGCUUUAAACAAAAAGAACCUAUGAAUAUACUUAUAUUUUGGGAAGUCUUAAAUGGAAACAUUCCUGCUUGGAAAGCUAGUUGUUUGUUGUCAUUUUGGGGGAGGGUGGGGGUGGGGCUAGGGUAUGGUUAUAUUUGUUUCAUUAGGUCACGUCUCUCAUUCUAGUUUCAUUAUGAAUGAAUGGGGUGAGAUGCAAGGUAAAUAUUUUCAAAGAGGCAAAUUCAUUCUGGCCAAGAGAAAAGACCCUUGCAGAUUUGAGCUUUGUGGAGCUACUCUGGCAGGGCCACCUGAUUACAGUACAGAUUCCAAGAGAGAUAUGGGUAAUCCUCAAUUCAUGUGAACUAGGGAAGAACGCUACCUAUUAGGAAGAGCGAGACUAUCCAAAUUAUCUAUACUUAAAGCACUUUCAGGGUUCCAGAGUACUUGUAGGAAUGUCAAUGAAACUAGCCAACUACUGCCCGUUUGAAGUUUUGCUCCAAUGAGGGAGAAAUGAUUCAGAAUUAACAUAGCACUCAAGCCUAACGGCGGCGUCCUUCUAUUAGAGUAAAAUUUUUGUAUUUAAAGGGAUACUUGCUAAGUAGUUGAAAUAGUCUGUCUUUUUUCAGAGAUAAAAUGCUCCUACAGUCCUGGUUAUGAAAUUCACUUAUUUUCCAAAGAGUUUUUCUUCCUAAGUGCAGAGGUGAGAGCUUCAGGCUAGCACUUGUGCCAGUGGCCACAAAUGCCAUGGCUGUGAAACCCAAAUUAAUGAGCUUUCAUUAUACAUGGUCUUCACAGCCAAGUGCACUAAUAAAUAUGAUCAUAAAGCAAUCUGCUAAGUGGAGAGGACUACAGUGAUCCCUCUUGCUGAUAAAAGUGGUAAUAAAACUCUCAUCUGCAAUCGCUUGCCUACAAAGACCAACAGGAUUUGUUUUUCAUCUGCCCCUCAGAUGGCAUAUAAAUAUAAAUAGGAACUGCAGGAGUCUUUAGACCUUUCUAUCGAAGUGAGUUUAUUAGACCAAUCGGACCAAGAAAAGAAAAAUAGGAAAUAUUUUGAUGAAAAAUGCUAAUAUUCCCGUGGGGAAAUUUGAGCCCUGGGGUUGGGUGGGGUGGGGUGGGAGCACACCUUUUCUGAAGACAAUCUUUGAGCGAGGUGUUUCUGACAGGCCGUUGUGAGCACAGUAUAUUAGAACUCCAACAAGAAAAUAACCUUUCCAAACUGUCAGGUGAUAAAAUUACUACCCUCUCUACAUUCCAUCCAAGAUAAAUAUGCAUUGCUUGUUUGACCAGCUUGUACAAGGAAUUGAUUGUUGUUCUUUUGUGACCAGAAUGAGAAGGGUCCGAUCAACACAUUAUUAUGGCAACAGAUCUUUUUUUUCCUGCUUCUUACAUAACAUAUUCAUGCUGAAGUCAUGCUAAACUACCUCAUAGGUUUGUGGUGUGGAUGAGCUAAUUAAUAAACGUCAAGUGCUU